AUGGCGGCCGUGGCAGGCCCACUCUGCACGUGGCUCGUCGCCGCGUGCUUGUCUGCGGCAUGCGACGCCGAAGAGUCCAAGCAGAAGCAUUGCUGCCCCGCCGGAAGCGGCGUUGGGGGCGGCGUCAUGCUCGGCCAGCGCCGCCGCCUCGGCGCGCGGCGUCGCGGCUUGGCGCGCUCUGGAAUGGCUAUGGCUGUUGCCUUACAAGCUGAAAGAAGUGUCGUUGAAAAGAAGAAACCCGAUAUCAAACAAAGGAGGGUGGUUGUCACUGGCAUGGGUGUAGUGACACCAUUGGGCCAUGAUCCUGACGUGUUUUACAACAAUCUUCUUGAUGGUGUUAGCGGAAUAAGUGAGAUUGAGAGGUUUGACUGUUCCAACUUCCCCACGAGAAUUGCAGGAGAGAUAAAAUCUUUUUCUACUGAUGGUUGGGUUGCACCUAAACUUGCAAAGCGGAUGGACAAGUUUAUGCUAUAUCUAAUAACUGCUGGAAAGAAGGCAUUAGAAAAUGGUGGACUCACCGAAGAACUGAGGAAUGAGUUGGACAAAACCAGGUGUGGGGUUCUCAUUGGUUCUGCAAUGGGCGGCAUGAAGGUUUUUAAUGAUGCAAUUGAAGCACUGAGGGUCUCUUACAAGAAAAUGAACCCAUUUUGUGUUCCUUUUGCAACUACGAAUAUGGGCUCUGCAAUCCUUGCAAUGGAUCUGGGAUGGAUGGGACCAAACUAUUCUAUUUCCACAGCUUGUGCUACCAGUAACUUCUGUAUCCUUAAUGCAGCAAACCACAUCAGAAGAGGCGAAGCGGACAUUAUGCUCUGUGGUGGUUCUGAUGCACCUCUUAUCCCAAUCGGAUUGGGAGGUUUUGUGGCCUGCAGAGCACUUUCACAGAGGAACAGCGACCCAACGAAAGCUUCUCGGCCUUGGGACAUGGGCCGUGAUGGUUUUGUUAUGGGGGAAGGGGCUGGUGUCCUUGUAUUGGAAGAACUUGAGCACGCCAAGGAAAGAGGUGCAACAAUAUAUGCUGAAUUUCUUGGUGGAAGCUUCACAUGUGAUGCUUACCACAUGACUGAGCCACAUCCUGAAGGAAGAGGGAUUACUCUCUGCAUCGAAAAGGCACUAGCUGAUGCAGGGGUAGCAAGGGAAGAAAUCAACUACGUGAAUGCCCAUGCAACGUCUACACAAGCAGGUGACUUGAAGGAGUACGAGGCUAUCGUGCGCUGUUUUCGCCAGAACCCUCAACUGAGGGUGAACUCGACCAAAUCAAUGACUGGGCAUCUUAUAGGAGCAGCUGGUGGAAUAGAAGCAGUUGCUUCUGUACAAGCUAUAAGAACUGGUUGGGUCCAUCCAAAUUUGAAUUUAGAAAAUCCUGAGGACACCGUGGAUGUGGGCGUCUUGGUAGGAUCACAGAAGGAAAGAUGUGAAGUGAAGGUGGCGUUAUCCAACUCAUUCGGAUUUGGUGGGCACAACUCAUCAAUUCUCUUUGCCCCCUUUAAGUGA